UAGAGAGGCAAGAAAGGUUUGUUAAUUACUAGAUAGAAAUUGUGCAAAAAGAUCGAAAAAGAAAAUGGAGAAGAUAGGGAAAGUGGCAUCGGAGAAGGGGGUGGUGGUGUUCAGCAAGAGCACGUGCUGCUUGUGCUACGCGGUGCAGAUCCUGUUCCGCGAUCUCGGGGUGCAGCCGCUGGUGCAUGAUAUCGACCACGACCCCGAGGGGAAGGAGAUGGAGAAGGCGCUGAUGCGGAUGGGGUACAGCGCCCCCGUACCCAUGGUCUACAUCGGCGGCAAGCUCAUGGGCUCCACCAACGAGAUCAUGUCGCUCCACCUCAGCGGCUCCCUUGUCCAGCUCCUCAGGGCCUACCAGCACACCAACUAGUCUUUCAUUUCUCUUUUUAAUCCUAUGUAUAUACUCAUCAUAUCAAUGUAUUUGUAACGUUGUAGUGCUGAGAAAAUAAGAGUUGCUGCCUUGUUGGAUGAGGAACAACAACAAAGAAUGUUGUAGUCAUAUUAAUUAAUUAGGGCUAGCUCGGAUUCAGCUGAUUACCUAUCAUCCUUAUUUAAUUACUAUUACUAGUUCUUCUCUUUCCCUUUUGCAUAUUAAAUCAACAUUAAUUACUCU